AUGAAGUUCUCGACCGCCAUUGUCGCCGCUCUCGCUACCGUUGCGCCCGCCUUUGCGAAGAAUAUCACCGUUGUUGCCGACGUCGGUGACUUUAUCAACUUUGAAUUCCGAGGCGGUAACCACACUGUGACCCAAAGCUCGUUUGCAAACCCAUGCACACAGCAAUUCAACACGGUCACCCAACAGAACGGCUUCACCUCUCCAUUCAUGCCCUACAACGCCGCCAGCGGUCAGAUUGGUGUCUUCACCCUUGAAGUCACCCAGACCGCCAACCCCAUCUGGUUCUUCUGUGCGCGCAAGCCUCAUUGCAAGGGUGGAAUGUAUGGUGCUAUCAACCCACCCACUACUCCAGGGAGGACGUUUGCCGAUUUCGCCGCUGCUGUUCCGAACGCCGACGAGCCUGGCUUCGGCGUAACUGCUCCGUUUACACCUACAACGGGAUCUGCAUCGGGGUCUGCGUCCGGAGGAGCGUCCAGCACCAGCGGAGCAGGUAGCUCGCCAAGCGCAAGCUCUACAUCCACCACGACGCCAAAUGGAGCCUCAGUUCUCUCGGCUCGAUCAAGCGUCGCCGUUGUUCUCGCCGGUGUUGCUGCGUCGCUCCUCCUAUAG